GUCGGUGGUGCGUGCUUAUUUGCUCUCUGCGCUUCUAUGGCAACGUAAUAGAUUCUCCAUCCCCACGCAUGUUACCACGACUGAUCCGGACAUCUUUUGCACAUUGGAUUACUGAUGUGUCAAUGGCCGGGGGCUCCGCACGUGCUGUUUGAAGAGUAGUUUGGAAAGGAGGGUGCAAUGAUUUGUCAUUGAGACGCGCGUCAAAUUGUUCCUCAUUCAGACACGUCCGUCCGUCUUCCCGCAUCCAGUGCGCGCGCUCGGUGUCUUGUAUUACAGAUACAGCGGGAUGCAUAUGUGUGCAUUCAUAUUUUUGACGACCUAUUUUCCUGCCUGCGUCUCCUCUCAGAUGAUACCGUCUGUCAUUUGUUCCGUUAAGGUGGUCGAUCACAAUGGAUAGGGUGCAUUCUUCCAUGCGCAAACGGCUCUAUAGUUUGCCCCAUCAGUUUGGACACAAGGGUGUUAUGACUCGAGACGGCGAAGACAGCUACAAGGACACUCGGAGGAAAAGUGUCAAGAUGAAGCAUCUUCCCUCACCCUCCUCCACGGGGAGCUCUAAAGGUGUCAGCGAGGCCAAGAGCGGAGACGCGGAGACCGAUGUGGGGAAACCAUUCAGAACCAACGUGAACGGCGACUGCCGGAGGUUCAGAGGCAGCCUCUCUUCCAUCACCAGUCGGCAUGCUCCAGACGCGGAUCUGGCCGAGCAGAGGUGCCUCAUCGGGGAUGCGAGCCCCGAGGACGACGGUCCCUUGGAGCAACCCGGACCUGGAGAGAGCCUGGGCGCGCAGGGCGGCAGCGAUGACGGGGCACACGAGCCGCCCGCUGAAGAACAGUCGAGUUUCGUAAAGUUGGAAGGUAUCGAUCAAAUCAUGCCUGACGAUGAGCGGCUGUACCAAGCGGGCUUCAUGCACAGACAGUUAGGCGCGAUGCUUCAACCAGGGGUCAACAAGUUCUCCCUUCGAAUGUUCGGGAGCGAGAAGGCGGUGGAGCGCGAGCAGGAACGGGUCAAAUCUGCAGGCUUUUGGAUCAUUCACCCAUACAGUGACUUCAGGUUCUACUGGGACCUGAUCAUGCUCUUGUUGAUGGUGGGCAACCUGAUCAUCAUCCCCGUAGGCAUCACCUUCUUUAAAGAUGAACACACCCCCGCCUGGAUAGUCUUUAACGUGGUCUCUGACACAUUCUUCCUGGUUGACCUGGUGCUGAACUUCCGCACCGGGAUCGUCAAAGAAGACAGCACGGAAAUCAUCCUGGACCCUCAGCAGAUCAAGGUGAGGUAUCUUCGGAGCUGGUUCGCUGUGGAUUUCAUCUCCUCCAUCCCUGUGGAUUACAUCUUCCUCAUUGUGGAGACCCGCAUCGAUUCGGACUUCUACAAGACGGCCCGUGCUUUGAGGAUUGUGCGUUUCACUAAAAUACUCAGUCUGCUUCGGCUGCUGAGAUUGUCCAGACUCAUUAGAUACAUCCACCAAUGGGAGGAGAUUUUUCACAUGACCUAUGACCUGGCCAGUGCCAUGGUGCGCAUUGUGAAUCUCAUUGGAAUGAUGUUGUUGCUGUGCCACUGGGACGGAUGCUUGCAGUUCCUGGUGCCCAUGCUGCAGGAUUUCCCUUCAGACUGCUGGGUGGCCAAAAACAAAAUGGUGAAUGACACAUGGGGUCAGCAGUACUCUUACGCCCUGUUUAAGGCCAUGAGCCACAUGCUGUGUAUUGGGUAUGGCAUGCACCCUCCGGUGGGCAUGACGGACGUGUGGCUGACCAUCCUCAGCAUGAUCGUGGGUGCAACCUGCUAUGCCAUGUUUGUGGGCCACGCCACCGCCCUCAUUCAGUCACUGGACUCCUCACGCAGGCAGUACCAGGAGAAGUACAAGCAGGUGGAGCAGUACAUGUCGUUCCACAAACUUCCUACAGACAUGCGGCAGAGGAUUCAUGAUUACUAUGAGCAUCGCUAUCAGGGGAAGAUGUUCGACGAGGAGAGCAUUCUGGGAGAACUAAAUGAGCCACUCAGAGAGGAAAUCAUCAGUUUUAACUGUCGAAAGCUUGUGGCUACUAUGCCGUUGUUCGCCAACGCAGAUCCCAACUUUGUGACCUCCAUGCUCACCAAGUUACGUUUCGAGGUGUUCCAGCCAAAAGACUACAUUAUCAAAGAGGGGACCGUUGGCAAGAAGAUGUAUUUCAUCCAACACGGUGUACUAACUGUUCUGACGAAGGGCAGCAAAGAGACAAAGAUCUCAGACGGGUCUUACUUCGGAGAGAUCUGUUUGCUGACUCGAGGCAGAAGAACAGCCAGUGUAAGAGCAGACACAUACUGUCGUCUGUACUCGCUCUCUGUGGACCAUUUCAACGAGGUGUUGGAGGAGUACCCCAUGAUGCGACGCGCCUUUGAGACCGUAGCCCUCGAUCGGCUUGACCGCAUAGGAAAACAGAGCUCUGUACUCCAGCACAAGGUCCAACGGGAUCUCAAUUCCGGUGUUUUAAACUAUCAAGAAAAUGAGAUCAUCCAGCAGAUUGUACAGCAUGACAGGGAUAUGGCCCAUUGUGCCCACCUCAUGCAGACACCUCCUCCAGCUCCUCACCCAGCAGCGACUCCAUCUUCCCACACCCCCGUCAUCUGGGCACCUCUUAUUCAGGCUCCUCUACAAGCUGCCGCAGCCACCACUUCAGUUGCUAUUGCCCUAACUCGCCACCCCCAUUUGCCCCAUACCCUCUUCCGACCCCCUGUCCCACUGCUUGGCUCUCUGAAAGACCAACCAGGGUAUGUAAAAAGGUUCCCAACUGCACUUUCAGGUGCUGCUGCAUUUGGUGGCUCCUCCUCAACCAGCUCACAGUUCAGUUCUUGUAUAGAGACCCCAAUUCUGGACACACUCAGGGCCGAGAGAUCAUCUACCUCCACAGCACCACCACCAUCCUCCAGCUCUUUGCCAUCCACCAUCACAACAACAGUCACCACCACCACCUCCAACAUUACAGAGUCUUCCUUCUACCCCCAUAGACCCCUUGCUUCCCACGGGUCCAAAGACUUCAGUAUUGCCCAACUUCAUCCCCAACCACAACUUCCUCAGGCGUCUUUUCCCAGCAUUGCUGCAACACUUCCUGGGUUCUUCCAAAAAAGAGCAAUUGGAAGAGAGGCUGUCCAGCUUGCAGUUCCAUCUGCGUCCACCCUUACUCCUUUGAUAGCGCAUUCAGUAAGUCCAAUCCUGACACAACUGCAUUCAGCUCAGCCAACUCCUCAACAAACAAAACCAAUACAAGAUUUGAAUAAAGUUGUAAGGACAGCCUCUCAGUCUCCCAUAAAAGAGUCUCCUGUCUGCUCCAGGAACAUUACUGAACAAGUCCAGAGUACAACAAUUGUCCCAUCCCAACAUGGUCACAUUGGUCUACAGACGGAUGUACUUUCCCAGCUUUCCCAAGAACCAUCUGCUCUUGCUUCCCUUGCACAAUAUGGGUCCAGAAAUGCGUCCCCAUGUAGCACACCUUCAGCCUGGAGCCCAACAUGCCAGAGUCCUACAGUGGAGAAGAUGAGAAUGUCCAUGCACAGCCACCCUGCUAGCAUCUCUGGAUCCCAAAGCUCACUCCUAACCCCUCAGACACUCUUCCCACCGCCACCUCAACCAAGAGAAAGGGGCGGAUCUCUAGUUGACCUACCUACCCAAGACUUAAGCACCAUUUCCAUGUCUCUCCCCACCCCAGGACUACCUGAAAAAUCCAAGCCGGCUGGAAGAGGACCUCAACCACCGGACUUAUCCCAUCACAGAGGAUCUGCUUCAGGUUACUCACCACUCCCGUCACCCCCUCCCCAUAUGAAACCAUUUAGCUCAAUACCUGGUCAUGUUGUCCUAUCAAGACAAACUUCCAAGUUGUCCAUAACUCAGACUGGGUCCUCAGGUGGGUCACCAGCCCAUGGAUCUAGUGACAGGUCCACCCCUGGGACUCCAAGCUUGCACCCCAAACUCCCAUCGAACUUGUGAAAAUGGAUUGCACCCUCCUACGAUGAGUGAGCAUUUUUUUUAUACGUCAAAGACACUAACAUUUCUCACUAGAGAAGGGGGGUGUGUGUUCAUUGACUUGGAUUUCUAUCGGUCCACUGACUUCCCUAUUUGUAAUUUCAAAAGAAGGAAUGGACUAACAAAACUGACCUAAGAAUGAAGGUGUGACUUAAAUUUGUCUUCCAAGUUCUGUCAGUAAUUUUUGCAAUAUUAUUGUCUGAUGAAAAGACUGUAUAGGGAUAUGCAAAUUACGACUUCCAAAAAACAAAAACAAAACAAAAAAGUCAAAGUAAUAAUUCUAAAGGACAUGCGUAUGUUUGUGAUUGUGUGUGUGUGUGUGUGAGCGAUUGCUAUUGUCAUAUUAUAAUAGAGUGCUCUUUUUAAAGGAGGGAAUUAUGUUGGGUCAGGGAAGCAAAGCUACAUUCAUUGCACUUCAUCAGUCGGGCAUCAUCUGUCACUGUGAGAGAACACGCCGUACAGGUCUCUCUGGGCAGGUGGCACAGAUAUAUACACACACAGGUGCACAGAAAUGUUCACACAUGCACAAACAAACCUAGCCCUCAACAUCCCAAUUAUCUAGACCGCUAGACCUUGACCCCAUGCAUACCUCCUUGCUGACAAAGAAGUACUGCUCAGUAUCUAUGGCCUUUCCUUUUUGUAACAAUACUGCCUUAGUGUCUGGACACCAGGGAACGACACCCUCACUUCCACAACAGAACCGAGAAUAUUAAGAAUGUUUUGCAAUCAUUUUGUAUGUGCUUUGUAUGUGAACUUGUGCAGUACUUAAGCAAUAAAACUGUAUGCUUGGUUUUUGUACAUGCAUGGAGGUUGAACUGUAAAUUGCAGCUUUCUUCCUGUCAAAUAAAAGAUACUGGGUGAUUGUGACAAUGGCAAUGACACUACUAAUAGGACGCAGUUAUAAAAAAGCCCACUGCAGUUACCAAAGCUUAUGAGUUAAGAACUAUAAUUACAAAGUCAUGUUUGAAGUUGGGUUUGUAUGUUUCAUUUCUGUUUUCCAUCUGUUCAUAUGCACAUUUUAUAUAAUGCAGUAAGCCUAUGCCCCACAAUUUGCAUGAAGUUAUUUAUCCUUUCUGGUUAUGCAAUAAAUGUUUUGGUUAUUACGUAUUAUAUUCAUAUAUUUUAAAUGGUUCAAUUUUUUUAUUUCACAGAUAUUUCAGCAGAGGUACAGCAGACUAAAAUAAUAAAAACAACUCUGCUAACACAAUAGUUAGCCUAGCACCUGCUAUGAUAUGCCAAAUGUUGCUGGUGGUAAAAGGAGGAAUAGUAUUUUUCUAAGUGUCCUUCCUUUUGAGCAAAGCUUACACAGAUGGAUCGUGAAAAUUCCCUGCUUUGUCCCAAGUUAUUAUUAUAUAAUUUAUAUGAUUUUAUAUUACAUGUCUAUGUAUAUAUCUAUUUAUUGUGUAUGUGUAUGUUUUGUUAAUCUAUAGAUUCAUAAUUUAAACUAUAUACCGUCAUAAUCAGUCUGCAGAUACUGUCAUUAUACAUCACUCGGUCCUUCCACACUCAAUUCUCUUCCAUUCCUGCAAUGUGCAUUUGACUAUCAUAUAAUUAUUUUCAUUUUCAGACCCUGAUUUUUUCCAAGUUAACAUCAUUCCCUGCAUUGAAGUCGGAUAAAAUUGCAAGGCAAAAUGCAAAUGAGAGUGUUAUACGUGAUGUUGAAUAUUAAUGAGUUAAAUAUCAAAACAUCAAAGAGCUUUUUGUUAGUAUUACAGUGCACACAAUACAUUACACUGUAGUAUUUCUCUAUUUCAGGUCUGAGUGUGUGUGUAUGGGUGUUUUACUGUGGAUUUAUGUUGUAGUAUUUUAUAAUAUUCUGUGCAUUUAUUAUUUAUCAUAACCAAAGUGAGGUAUCAUAGAAUAUUGUUAUACAGUAGCAUUUUUAAACCCAUCAACAUAAUUACCGAUAAGUACUGGUGGCUUGUGUUCAUAAAGGAUGAUCAUUCCGUUUUGGUGUUUGAGUGUAAUAAUCCAAAACAGAAUUUAUGAUCACUGUAUGGCAGAAUGGUUAAGCCAUAUGGCAUAUCCACGAUGGACAAGCUGUGUCAUUAUGCAUUGGUCUACACUGCACUUUCAGUUCAUGAAAAAAAUAAAAAUUGUUCUUCCAUCCUAA